AUGCUGCGCUCCGUUCUGCGUGCGGCCGUACGCUUUGAGCCUCGCGUGGUGCAGCGCACAUUUUCGUGUGCGUGCCCCGUUUUCCAGACACAAGGCAAGGUCGCAUCUUCGGCAGAGGAAGCGAUCCAGGACCUGUCCAAUGACGACCUUGUGCUUGUCGGCGGAUUCGGACUUUGCGGCACACCCGAGACGUUGAUCAGUGCAAUUACCAAGCGUGACGACCUGAACAGUGUUACAGUUGUGUCGAACAAUAUGGGCGUGCCUGGAAAAGGUCUUGGCGUGCUUGCCGAGGCGCAAAAAAUUGGCAAAGCGAUCAGUUCGUUUGUUGGGGGGAACCGUGCAUUCACGAGCCAGUUUCUCCAGGGCGACGUUUCCAUGCAGCUCAUUCCCCAGGGUUCGCUCGCGGAAAAGAUCCGAGCGGGCGCCGCUGGCAUCCCUGCAUUCUACACGCCCACGGCCGUCGGUACAGCCGUCGAGCAAGGCGCGCUGGUGAUGCAGUACAAGAAGCAAAGCAGCGAGGACAAGGAGCAAGGCAAGCCGCUCGAGCCGAAAUCAUUCACUCCGCCGCGCGAGACACGCGAUUUUGGGGGGCGCAAGUUUAUGCUGGAAGAGGCCAUUUUUGGCGACGUUGCACUCAUCCACGCGAAAAAGGCCGACGAGGCGGGAAAUAUCGUUUUCCACCGCACUGCGCGCAACUUUAACGAUGUGAUGGCACGCAAUGCACGCAUGACAAUUGUCGAGGCCGAGGAAAUUGUCCCGGUGGGCUCGAUAGAUCCCGACCAGGUGCACCUUCCCGCCGUGUAUGUAGACAAGAUCAUCCAAGCGCAAGUGCCCAUGGUCGUGGAAGUGCUGCGUUUGCAGGAGCAGGAUGAGUCGCUCCUCAACUCGGAGGACGGCAAGAAGCGCGAAAGAAUUGCGACACGUGCGGCGAAGGAACUACGCGACGGUAUGUAUGUCAACCUUGGCAUCGGCAUGCCCGGCCUCGUGCCCAAUUUCCUGCCCAAGGGUGUGCAUGUCACGCUCCAGGCAGAGAAUGGUCUUUUGGGUGUCGGCCCGUACCCUGCAGACAAGAGCGAGGUCGAUCCUGACCUCACAAAUGCCGGAAAGGAAUCCGUCACUGCCAUGCCGGGCGCUGCUGCUUUCGACUCUGUCGCGAGUUUCGAUAUCAUCCGCGGCGGCCACUUGGACGUGACGAUGCUCGGUGCAUUGCAAGUCGAUGCCAAAGGCGACCUCGCAAACUACAUGAUUCCCGGCAAGCUCGUCCAGGGCAUGGGCGGCGCGAUGGAUCUCGUGUCGAAUCCCGACAAUACGCGCGUGAUUGUCCUCACCGAGCACGUCGACAAGUACGGCAGGCCCAAGAUUGUGCAAAGCACCGAGCUGCCGCUUACAGGCACACGCUGUGUCGAGCGCAUCAUUACCGACCUUGCCGUGUUUGACGUAGACAGAGCGCAAAGUGGGCUUACCCUGAUUGAGCUCGCGCCGGGCGUGACGGAAGAAGAAGUGCGCAGCAAAACGGGCGCUUCGUUCCAUGUUGCGCUCAAAGCCUAG